GCACCUCAGAGAUGAUGAGCUACUACAUGGACACAACCAUCGGCACCACAGCCCCUUACCCAUUGCCUCGCCCAGGACUGAUGAAGCAAGGUGCUGCUGGUCCCUGUGAGGAUCCCUGGGUGACCUGUGGCUUUCAGUCCACCUGCUGCCAGCCACGGACGUGCUACCCGGUCUGGGAUGAGCCAGCCACACAAGAAGUGCCCACUGGCCUGGAACACUACAGCACAGACAUGGAAUGUGCAGAUGUGCCUUUGUUAACUCCCAGCAGCAAAGAGAUGAUGUCUCAGGCAUUGAAAGCUACCUUCAGCGGCUUUGCAAAAGAGCAGCAACGCCUAGGAAUCCCCAAAGAUCCCCAGCAGUGGACGGAGACACACGUGCGGGACUGGGUGAUGUGGGCAGUGAAUGAGUUCAGCUUGAAGGGAGUGGAUUUCCAGAAGUUCUGCAUGAAUGGAGCUGCCCUCUGCGCCCUGGGCAAGGAGUGCUUCCUGGAGCUAGCACCUGACUUUGUGGGAGAUAUCCUUUGGGAACAUCUGGAGAUCCUGCAGAAAGAAGAGGUAAAACCCUACCCAGCCAACGGAGUCAACACGACGUACCCAGAGUCCCGCUACACCUCAGACUACUUCAUUAGUUAUGGCAUUGAGCAUGCACAGUGCGUGCCUCCCUCUGAGUUCUCCGAGCCCAGCUUCAUCACUGAGUCCUACCAGACCCUCCAUCCCAUCAGCUCAGAAGAGCUUCUGUCCCUCAAGUAUGAGAAUGACUAUCCCUCAGUCAUCCUGCGUGACCCAGUGCAGACAGACUCCCUGCAGACAGACUACUUCACCAUCAAGCAAGAAGUUGUAACUCCAGACAACAUGUGCAUGGGGCGUGCCAGCAGAGGUAAACUGGGCGGCCAGGACUCCUUUGAGAGCAUAGAGAGCUACGACAGCUGUGACCGCCUGACGCAGUCCUGGAGCAGCCAGUCCUCCUUCCAGAGCCUGCAGCGUGUCCCCUCCUAUGACAGCUUCGACUCAGAGGACUACCCUGCUGCCCUGCCCAACCACAAGCCCAAGGGCACCUUCAAGGACUAUGUUCGGGACCGGGCUGACAUGAACAAGGACAAGCCUGUCAUCCCUGCUGCCGCCCUGGCUGGCUACACAGGCAGUGGACCCAUCCAACUGUGGCAAUUCCUGCUGGAGCUGCUCACUGACAAGUCAUGUCAGUCCUUCAUUAGCUGGACGGGUGAUGGCUGGGAAUUCAAACUUUCUGACCCAGAUGAGGUGGCCAGGCGAUGGGGCAAGAGGAAAAACAAGCCCAAGAUGAACUACGAGAAGCUGAGCCGCGGUCUGCGCUACUACUACGACAAGAACAUCAUCCACAAGACCGCCGGCAAGCGCUACGUCUACCGCUUCGUCUGCGACCUGCAGAGCCUGCUGGGCUACACACCCGAGGAGCUCCACGCCAUGCUGGAUGUCAAGCCAGAUGCUGAUGAGUGA